CCAAUAAUUGAAGUUUCUUUCUGAGUUGUUCAUGGGACAGCUGAAAGUUAGUGGCUCUUUCGUCACUCAGACUGCGACACGGUCUUCUUGCUAUGUUAGGAGUUGUCUCAACAGCUACACCGAAUCCCACCAUCAGCAUGACCUGUCUGUGAAAUCAGUCCUUCAAAUAGUAUUUCUUCAUUCAUUAGAAACUCUACUCCCCCUCUUCUUAAAGAUGGCGCUGCAACAUACCCACUGUGUGACCUGCCUGAGUCAGAGGUGCAUGACCAGGCCUGAACCUGGUAUCUCCUGUGACCUGGUCACCUGUCCCUUGGUCUGCGGGGCCAUUUUCCACACCUGCAAAGGACCCGAGCACCGCCUCCUCUGCCCCCUGGAGAGGGUGCCCUGCCUGAACAGUGGCUUUGGCUGCCCUGCCACCCUGGUGCGGACCCGGAUUCCCGCGCAUCUGGAGGUGUGCCCAGCGGGCGUGGUGUGCUGCACCAUGGAGUGGAACAGGUGGCCGAUCAGCUGCCUGGACUACACCUCAUACGAGAGCCUGAGCUGGGGGGUGGAGGAGACAGAGCAGCUGGACAUGGCGCUCGCCCUGCAGGACCAACACACACUGAUCGAGUCCCUCAAGGUGGUCGCCAUGGCGCCCACGUCACCGCCACCAUUGACGCCGCAGUCACCGCCACCAUUGACGCCGCAGUCACCACCACCAAUGACAACGCAUUCACAACCACCAUUGACACCACCGCUGGGCUCAGCAAAGGAUAAAAUUGCCAAUGGAAUAAACGGUUUGAACGAGGAGCGGUAUAGCAAGCUGUACGAGGCCACAGUGGAGACGGCAAGGAGCCUUGCCGCCGCGUUGGACGUCCUCAGCAGCGCUAACAACACCUCUGACAACACAGCGCAACACAUCAACGGAGGAGCAGUGCUGGGGCCUCAGCAUAGCGAGAACAGCAGUGACAGGAAUGAGGAGCUGCUGCUUCACAACAGACUGGAGGUCAAAGGUCCUGUAGCUGAGGGUGUGAAUUUGAAGGAGUGCUAUGGACAGCUGCACCAACUCCACCAGGCUACAGUCCAGCUAAGGAGGAGCCUGGUCACAGCCCUGGGUGACCUCGGCAACACAGUAAAAUACACAGACCCAAUCAACGGAGCCCCCUCUCACCUUCAGGCAGAACCUAACAGCAGCUUCCACCAAUUGGAAGAUGCAGACUCUAUUAAUGUUGAUAUGAAAGAUGCUGAGGCAGGAUCAUCAGUCGGACCGCUGAGAGUGGUCAGCAGAACCGACAGUGAGGUUGCCAUGAAUGUUGUUGCUGAUGGCAACAUGCAGAUGGAGCUUUUAGGUAGGACCUCAAAGAGUGUUGAGAGGAUGGAUGGACAUAGCCUAUGUAAUGGUUGUUUGAGUGGGGAAGGCUCCCAGAAGAGGCCACAGGAGCAGGUCUUAGGUUCAGAUUCAGCAGACCAGCAACAGCCUGGAACCAGUUGGUCCACCAGUGAAACAGUAUGCCUAGUCAAGGUGCAAGAUGACUUGAAUCUGUCACCUGUGCCUCAAGGGUCCUGUGUGUCUCAGUCACAGACACAACCCCAGUCUCACCCAGACCCUCCACUAGCACCACCCCUGCAUAUCCACCAGGGUAUUGCACACAGGGCCAGCCACGUGGUCCUAGAGGACAGAGGGCUGGAGAGGAAGUUCCAGAACCACCAGUUGCUCAGAGGCUUGGGCCAGUUUGCUCUGUCCAAUGGACGAAGGGUCCGGGUUAGGUUUAGACCCAAAAUGGAGGACAAGGCAGUGGAUACAUCAGACCUGGAGCAGGAGGACGACCCCAUGGGCCUGGGGGAGAUCGACCUGAUCACAGCAGCCCUCCUCUUCUGCCUGGAGGAGUCUCGCAAGUGCCGCAGAAUAUCUGAAACGACCUAUGUCGAUGGCUUCCACGUCGACUUCGGCACGCAGACCUUCACUUUCCCAGCGGCCAUCUUGGUGACCAGCACAAGGGUGGGCGACGUAGCGUCUGCGGCUGCCUGCGACCACGCGCCCCAACUAUCCUACCCCAGCCCCUUCCGCACCCUCCGCCUGGACCUGGUUCUAGAGGAGGUUCCACAGAUCCGGAACAUGCCAUGUAAUCGUCUCCAGCAAAUGUUCUCCUUCGUUUGUGGCCAGCUGUUCCGCAGGGAUGAGUACUCCUCCCACUUCAAGAACGUCCACGAGGACAUCCACGCGGGCCUCAACGGUUGGAUGGAGCACCGCUGUCCCCUGGCUUACUACGGCUGCACCUACUCCCAGCGCAGGUUCUGCCCCUCAUCCCAGGGUUCAAAGGUCAUCCAUGACCGGAACCUUCGGUCAUUUGGGGUGCAGCCAAGCCCCGUUGGGGGGGAACCAUUGGGCGAGACCCAAUCAGACCAGUUCAGUGGGCUACCCUUUGAGGUGCUGGAACAUGUGGCCCGCUUCCUAGACGGCUUCAGCCUGUGCCAGCUGUCCGUGGUGUCGCGGACCAUGAGGGAUGUGUGUGCUAGCCUGCUGCAGUCCCGGGGGAUAGUGGAACUACGUUGGGAGAGGAGGCAGUACCCAAAUGGAACCUUCUCAUGGCAGAUCAAAGACAGGGUGUGGAGAUUCAGCACUGCCUUCAGCCCCGUUAUCGAGUGGCGGUUCGCCGAAGUCUCCAGCAUGUCCGACCAUCUGAGGACGUGCCGCUACAACACCAUCGAGCGCAAGAUGGAGGCCGUUCCACUGCCGUCCAUGUGCACCGCCAGAGACAGAUCCCUCCUCUCCAUCUUGAAACUCCAGGAGCAACACAUGACCUAACCUCUGUUAGCUACACUGUGUAAUUUAAUACCAUAGGUUUUGAUGUUACAUGUAUUUUUUUAUAUUGAAAAAUAAUGUGGGAGAAUCUCAAUUGCAUACUACUUGUGUCCUCUCCUCCUCUCAAAACCAAUUGGAGGAGAAGGUCAGAGAGGAGGGACCUCUGGCUUUCUCAUCCAAUGGGUUUUGAGGAGGAGAGGAUGUCAGCAGUAUGCAAUUGUGAUUCUCCCUGUGUCCCGUGUUGUAUGACGGUUGAAGAGCCUUAAUGUAUGAAAUAAUACUUGAUCUGCUUGACACACGGUUACAGUAGGUUUCUUGACCUGCAGUGUAUCCAUACUAGAUGUAAAUUAGUACUAUUUAACUUGCAUGGUUUGUUGGUGUUUAAAUCGUGCCCCUAUUUUGGUAACAUGAUUUUCUUGGACAAAUACUGACUAUACAUAGAAAGAAAUAUAAAUAUUUUCACUGUCUUGCAUUUCAGCAAGUUAUUUUCCAUAGCACUUUAAAGGAAUGUGCAAGUCCCUGGUCACUCUUAUACCAAUGUACCAAAAGCAUCAAUAUGUGCAAACUGAACUUGAAGGACCAGUGGGUUGGACCAGAAAGUGACCACAACACACAAAACAAAGGAAGAGAAGUCAUGCGUGGUCACAUGGAGCUGUCCCAACAAUGCAUGUGAUUUUGUUGCUGUUUAAUAAAAUGAAUCUUCAAUAACACCUUU